AUGGGCUUUAGGACAACCUCGACGGAAAUCGAGCAAGAUCGGGCUCUGAGAAACGUCGGACAACAUCUACUAACCGGAGUAAGCUCCUGGAAGGCUCUGGGGAUGACAGACUCAUACUUAGUUGCUGUUACAACGGAGGCCAAGGCAUCAGAACGAUCGAUACGGGUCUACCUGGAUCAACUGCCCCGUCAGCUAGAAACUCGUGUCAACGAACGAAGGCCAAUCGUUUUGGACUAUCCCACGUCACAAAUCGAGCAUAUAGCCCUAAGAACAAAGAAUGAAGGUUAUAUUAUCGUUCGCGGCUCAUCGACCCUGUCGUCUAUGGGUAGCUCUAUGGAAAGACUGUUUACGGACAUGGUGUUUUUCCGAAGCGGAGCAGACGAAGCUAAAUCCGAAAUCAUUGUGGUUGCACAAGCUCAAAAAAUCUUUCAUUUGAAGUUCACAGGCACCAGCACAGCCGCCUCGAGCGUUGCAUAUCUCCCAGUUGCACGCUAUCGUAUUCUUAAGAUUGCGACAAAUGGACAAGUAAUGGUGGCUCUAGGAGCACAUUCGGACAGCAGCUACUUUGUUCUGCUAGAGGUAAAGCUCUUGAGUCCCACAGUUCGUCCGCAACUUCGGAAGAUCGCUGAGCUUAAAGAGGUCUCGACAUCCUGCCAGCCUAAGCUGAGUGUAAUUGGAGAAUGGAAUGAGCCAAUCGCCUUGAUCACGACCGCGACACCUGAUGGACAAUAUCGUGUGUAUCACAAGAAUCUGAUUACUCUAGCCAAUCAUAAUACUUAA